GUUCAGAUACUGGGAUUUUAUCAAACACUCCUAAUAGUUUUCUGCAGCCAGGAAUGUUUUCUACUCCAGCUCCUACUUCUCUUUGUAACGUAGUCAUACCUCCACCUCCACCGCUGCCACCUUCGUUUGUAUUAAAAUCUGAUUUUGAUUCCCAUAAUUCGGCAGUUCAGCUUAUUAAACAACGUCGGGCUACAAAGACUGAAAAGAUUAAAGACAAUGCUGAACAUCAGACGGUUAAAGUUAUUCCCGAUAUGAUGGAUGUUCUCAAGGAUAUAAAUAAUGUUAAACUCAGAGCUAUUGAGAAAUCUCCUGGAGGUACACCUCUACCCAAAAGAAAUAAAAUAAAGCAAUCUCAGUGGGAUCCAGCAGCUUUAAUAGCAGAAGCUCUUAAAGAGAAAUUUGCAUCACAAAGCAGUCGCGAUGAUUCAUUUGACAAAGAGAACAGUCCUUAUGGUGCUUCACCAUUUUCUAGUCCAGAUACUCCAAUGGUUGACUAUCGCAUUUUGAAACCAAGCACGAAGCAGAGACUUAACAAAACUGAGGAACUAAUAAAUUCAUCAUCUUCAAAAUCAAAACUUCAUAUGUAGCCAUGAUGUUGAUCUUGUGGGACCAGCUAUCACUAUUAAGGACUCUUUUCUUUGAUUGCAUUGUACAAAGACUUAUAAAUCUAAUUGUUCUGAAUUGUGCUAACAGUGUUUACAUGAAUUUUUUUAUU